AUGUCGUACCAUCAUAACAGCAGCGAAAACCACAGCAACUACGGCGGCGGUCGCGGGGGCAGUGGGGGGAUGCGGCGGCAGCGUUCUCGAAGCCCGGAUGCGCAUCCCCAGCAAUCCCAUUACUACCACAGCAGCAACAACAGCAACAGCGGCUACGGCCAGCCCCAGCACUACCGCUUACAUCCGCAGCAACGUCGUAGCUCACCGCCCCGUCGGCCGCCGUUUCGCCGCCGCCGCGAGGAGGCGACGUACACCAUUCCAGACGUUGCCCCCCGCCUUCAUGUACCGCAUGAUUUGCCGGUGGAUGUCACUGCUUUUUUAGACAUCAUCGCCUUUUAUGUUGUGCAGGGUGGUCCCACGGCGGAGGAGGAAAUCAUGAAACGCGAGGAAAACAAUCGUCACUUUGCUUUCCUGCAUGCAUCAUGGCGGGACCCCAAGCAGUUGUACUACCGCUGGCGCCUUUACUCGCUCCUGCAGGGCGACACCCUGCUCCGGUGGCGGACGGAGCCGUACCAAAUAGAACGCGGCAAUGAGGCGUAUGUGUGGGUGCCGCCACCGGCGAUACCCAGUGGUCCGGAGUGUCUUCUCGACGCCUUUAAGGCCUACCCCCCGUCGUCACAUAUGAGCAGUGGUGGUGAGGAGUGUCAGGAUGGAGGCAAAGGCGUCAAGGCGACGUCGCCCCCGCAGCUGGUUCCCACCGCGUCGUGGCUGUCACGAAUGUCGGUGUCGGAGGGCGCCUUCUUUGUCACGCUUGACAAGGCGGCCGCCGCGGAAUGGCAGCAGCUGCUGCUCAUGGAGCCUCACGUCACGGAGGUGGCGGCUGCCCCAGGACUGUCGCUGGAGGAGCGGCUCAAGGCGUUGACGGCGAUCGUGCUGGACAACGAGCGCAUUGCACAGCGCAUGGUGUUCGCGGUUGAGCAUCAGAAGGCCGCCUUGCACCUGCUGAGCCUCCUCCUUGACGAGAUGGUGCAGCUGGCGUACGCCGCCGCGUGGCCCCAGCGGCGUCCCUCACCCCGCCUUCACGAUGACGACUGCGUGGAUCGAGGCGGCGGCGGCGGCGACGAUGCUGCCCUGCAGGCAGCAGCGCGGUGUUGCAUGUGUCUGUCGUACCUCUUCACGCUGAAUGACAUUGGCAGGAACGGGGCGGCCGUGGCGCUGACGGACGAGGAGGUAACAAGCAUUGCCCCAUCGUAUCAGGAGGGUGGCAGCAGCGCAACGGUUCCUCACACCAUGGCCGGCCGUAGUAGUAGUAAUAGUAAUAAUAAUAGCGGCAGCGUCAGCGGCAUUGCUGUUGCUUGUGGUGGGGGUGGCAGCAGUACCAGUCCAUCUUUUCCUGUAGGCGCUGAGGCACCACAUGCUGCAACGCCGAGUGGGGUGGCGGCGCCCCCUGUGCGUCUGUUAAAUCGUGCGCUGGAGAAAAUUAUGCCGACGCUCAUUGAGUCUACCCUCCUUGUGGCGCUUUGCACGGUGCAGCAGUACGGCUCACUGCAAGUGGACAACGCUCGCGAGACGGCGCGGAGUUCGGCGAAGCCACCCGGGGCGGAGGAGUUUGAGGGUAUCCUCCCGCUCGACAUUGACCAGGCAGCGUACGUUCAUGUGCAGGCCAAACUGUCCGCGGCGCGUUCCACAACGACGACAUCCAGCACCAACACCACCAGCGGCUCUGGGACGGCAGCCACCGCUGCCUCUUCACCCGCUACGGCACCCCCAGCGUAUAACACAGCUGCAGCGGUGGCGCAUGUGAAGAAGGAAGACCGCGACGCUGUCUGCAUGAUCGCCAUGCUGCUUGUUUCAUGGCUCAAGCAGUUGUGCUCCACAUGGGCAGACGCGGACAUCAUUGGUAGUCGCUGCUGGAGCACACUCCUGACGAAGUACAUCUACCUUCUUUCUCAGCCAAUUGAGACAACGUGA